AUGUCUACAGAGUUCUUUCACAUAGACGAGCACAAGGUGGAGGCUGCUCACAUUCGCGCAUAUCCCAGAGGAACCUCCACGAACGAAGAGGAGGUUCUCUACAUGGCAGUCAAGCAAUACACUCCACUUAGCAACACCAAUCCGCAGCCUGGAGAUAUCACCAUCAUUGCCGCACAUGCAAACUCUUUCCCAAAAGAACUGUACGAACCACUAUGGGAUGAACUUUUGAAGCGAUGCCAGAAGUUUGGAUUUGGCAUUCGGAGUAUCUGGAUGGCAGAUGUUGUUCAUCAAGGAUACAGCGGCGUAUUGAACGAGGGCAAGCUUGGGAACGAUCCUUCGUUCACCGAUCAUAGCCGUGAUCUUCUAAAUAUGGUCAAUGUAUUCCGAAGACAGAUGCCGCGACCGAUCGUUGGUGUUGGCCAUAGCAUGGGAGGCUGCCAACUAACCAACCUCGCGCUGUUACAUCCUCGCUUGUUCGAAACCCUUGUUCUUUUUGACCCUGUCAUUGCAGGCACAAUCAACAUCAUUGGAAAUGUCGGACCAGCCUUUGCAUCUGCCAAACGCCGCGACAAAUGGCCUUCGCGAGAGGAAGCCGCAAAGGCCUUCAAAAGUCGCCCGUUCUACCAAGCAUGGGAUCCCCGUGUGCUAGACCGCUGGAUUCAACAUGGCCUGCGGGACGCGCCCUCAACGUUGUAUCCGGACGCCCAAUCUCCUGAAGUCACGUUGACAACGACGGUGCAUCAAGAAGUCAUGACAUUUCUGCGGGGAAACUUCCCUACCAGUCCAGAUGAAAAAGAACCUUCAUCUGCGGAAUGUACAAUUGCCAAUCCCAAAAUCAACCGUCGAACGCAUCCAGAUCUCACUCCUUCAAUGGUUCCACAGUCGCCGUUCUAUCGUGGUGAAUCAAUCAUCGUCUUUAGACAGCUACCUCAUGUCCAGCCCUCAGUCUUCUACGUUUUCGGGGAAAAGUCUAAUCUCACCGAGGACCCCACUACGGUUGAAGAGAAGUUAGCACUGACGGGGUCUGGUGUUGGUGGGAGCGGUGGCAGGGCUGAAGGUAGAGUGGAUAGCGUUAUGUUGAAAGACACAGGUCAUCUCAUCCCUAUGGAGAAGGUUGAAGAGAGCGCUGAGCAUGCUGCGAAAUGGAUUGGCAAGGAGAUGGUCAGGUAUCGGGAUUGGAACAAAAAGACACAGGAAGAGUGGGGAAAUUUGAAGGGGACUGAGAGGAGUGUUAUGCCCGCGAAAUUCAAGACGGAGUUGAAUAGUUUCAUGGAAGGGUUCUUGAAGACGCAGAAGAAGAAGGGAGGAUCGAAGUUGUAG